AUGUCCAUUUCCAGCGAUUCCGAAAACUCGGAUACAGCCGACUGGUUGGAUGUAGAGCCUGAUGAGGAGAAAAUUGUCUUUGUAUCACUGUUUGAUGCCAAGACUUUCUCUAGCCUGGAGGGUCUUCUUACCUACUGCACGUCUCAGUACGCCUUCGAUUUGGUCGCUACCGUGCACCGUCUUGAACUUGAGUUCCACGAUGCUAUUAAACUGAUAAAUUUUAUCCGAGCUCGUACGAAGGAGAAGCAGAAUCUGCCCACAGCUAUCUCGACUCGAGACUUUUCCGACGAUAAGUAUCUCAAACCCGUCCUUGAGAACGACGCUUUGCUCUUCUCACUGGAUGAGAUUCUCAACGAAGGUCCCGAGGAUCCCCGACAUGACUCAUCCGAGAAGAGGACAUCUGUCGAAGCCAGAAAUAAAGAGCUUGAGGCCGAACUGGCCGCCAUCAAUGAACGGUUCGCUAGUUAUCGACUGGCCGUAGAGGAGACACUGGACAAGCGGUGGGGCGACGAAAACGAGGCUGGAACCCUGAGCGAAAAAAAGAAGGACUCUUCGGAUUAUUACUUCGAGUCGUAUGCUUACAACGAAAUUCACGAGACUAUGCUCAAAGAUGAGGUCCGUACCAACGCAUACCGUGACUUCAUCUACGAGAACAAGCAAUUAUUUCAGGGGAAAACAGUUCUAGACAUUGGAUGCGGAACAGCAAUCCUGAGUAUGUUCUGCGCUAAGGCCGGUGCUGCGCAGGUGAUCGCGGUGGACAAGUCGGACAUCAUCGAUAAAGCUCGAGAGAAUGUAUUCAACAAUGGGCUGGCAGGAACUAUUACUUGCUUGCGUGGUGCUAUUGAGGACGUAAAGCUCCCUGUUGAUCAGGUUGACAUUAUUGUCAGCGAGUGGAUGGGCUAUUGCCUGCUUUAUGAGGCUAUGCUGCCUAGCGUUUUAUACGCGCGCGACAAGUAUCUUCGACCUGACGGCCUCCUCGUGCCCAGCUCUGCUACCAUUUGGGUGGCACCGGUCCAAGAUUCAGAAUACGUCACGGAUACUGUCUCGUUUUGGAGAGAUGUUUACGGAUUUGACAUGAAGGCCAUGCAGGAGUGCAUCUACGACGAGGCCAGGAUCCUCACAGUGCCGCCUGCUGCAGUAUGCGGACAGCCAUGCCCAUUCAAGAUUCUGGAUCUCCAUACUGUGAAGCCGGAGGACUUGUUUUUCACUGCGAACUGGGAAUCUCAAAUAACGCGCGAUGUCGAUUCAUUGGAUGGCUUUCUGAUUUGGUUCGAUAACUUCUUCGUGAAUUGCCGGGCCGAUAGAGUACCAGCACCUGAAAUAACGCCUGACAGCUUCGUGAAACAGAAGCCUGGCUAUGUGGCUUUUACUACUGGACCAUUUGGAAAGGAAACGCACUGGAAGCAAGGGCUUUUGCUCCAACCAUCCACACAGCUGAAGGCCUCGCAGCCAAAACUGACCGGCCGAAUCGGCUUUUCUGCCUCGGAGGAAAAUGCCAGAGCUCUUGAUAUUCAACUGACAUGUACUGAAGAAGGUCAGGAGGAGAGAGGCCGACUGUGGAAACUGAAAUGA